CCCGCAGGUAGUGGUGUUGAGCGCCGAGCUCCGAGAACAAAGCUAGGUGAGGGGCUGCUGGUGGCAGCGCAGUCUCGGUAGGCGGUAUGAGUUUGGCUGGGGGCCGGGCCCCCCGGAAGACCGCUGGGAAUCGGCUUUCUGGGCUCCUGGAGGCAGAGGAGGAAGAUGAGUUCUACCAGACGACUUAUGGGGGUUUCACAGAGGAAUCAGGAGACGAUGAGUAUCAAGGGGACCAGUCAGACACAGAAGAUGAGGUGGACUCUGACUUUGACAUUGAUGAAGGGGACGAACCAUCCAGCGAUGGAGAAGCAGAAGAGCCAAGAAGGAAGCGCCGAGUAGUCACCAAAGCCUAUAAGGAGCCUCUCAAGAGCUUGAGACCUCGAAAGGUCAGCACCCCAGCUGGUAGCUCUCAGAAGGCCCGGGAAGAGAAGGCACUGCUACCUCUAGAAUUACAGGAUGAUGGCUCUGACAGUCGGAAGUCCAUGCGUCAGUCUACAGCUGAGCAUACACGACAGACAUUCCUUCGGGUACAGGAGAGGCAAGGCCAGUCACGGCGGCGCAAGGGGCCCCACUGUGAGCGGCCACUGACCCAGGAGGAGCUGCUUAGGGAGGCCAAGAUCACAGAAGAGCUCAACUUACGUUCACUGGAGACAUAUGAACGGCUGGAGGCUGACAAAAAGAAGCAGGUUCAUAAGAAGCGGAAGUGCCCUGGGCCCAUAAUCACCUAUCAUUCAGUGACAGUGCCGCUUGUUGGGGAGCUGGGCCCCAAGGAAGAGACUGUUGAUAUAGAAGGCUUUUUGUGUUUUUCUCUGUCUUUUGCCCUCAGACUUGAUCCUGCUCCCAUGGCUUCUGCGUUGACUCCCCAUGCUGGAACUGGACCUGUCAUCCCCCCUGGUCGCUGCUCACGUACCUUCAUCACUUUUAGUGAUGAUGCAACAUUUGAGGAAUGGUUUCCCCAAGGACGUCCCCCAAAGGUCCCUGUUCGGGAGGUCUGCCCAGUGACCCAUCGUCCAGCCCUAUACCGGGACCCUGUUACAGACAUACCCUAUGCAACUGCUCGAGCCUUCAAGAUCAUCCGUGAGGCCUACAAGAAGUACAUUACUGCCCACGGACUGCCACCCACUGCCUCGGCCCUGGGCCCUGGCCCACCACCUCCUGAUCCCCUGCCUGGCUCUGGGCCCCGAGCCUUGCGCCAGAAAAUUGUCAUCAAAUGAAGAGAUGUGUAGUCCUUACAAACCUCUUUUUGGCCCUUACUUGGGCCUCUUGACGUUCCUUCUCUUCUUGCUUCUCCCCUUGUCACCUCUGUUCUUUGCCCAACCCUUUUCUAUAUUUCUUUCUUGAUCUUUUCCCCUAGUUCCCACUGGUUUUGUUGUGUUUUUUAAUCUAAUAAAAUAGAAAGAUCCCUUUU